UUUCCUUGUACAAAGUACAAAACACCCUCAACCUUUGGCUAUAUAUUUCACCAUAGAAGCUCAUUGAUCUCAAAACUUCCAUCUCUCUCUCUCUAUAUAUAUAUAUACAUAUAUAUCUGUAUCUAUUUCUCUCUCUAGAAUGGAAAGAACACCCCAUAUAGCCAUUGUACCAAGCCCAGGAAUGGGACACUUGAUCCCUUUGGUUGAAUUUGCCAAGAGGUUAAAGAACAACCACAACAUCUCAUCAACUUUCAUCAUCCCAAAUGAUGGACCUUUAUCCAUCUCACAAAAAGCUUUUCUUGAUUCACUCCCCAUGGGCCUCAACCAUAUCAUUCUUCCACCGGUAAAUUUUGAUGAUCUACCACAAGACACCCAAAUGGAGACUCGAAUCAGCCUCAUGGUUACGCGGUCUCUCGAUUCGCUUCGUGAAGUUUUCAAGUCAUUAGUUGCUGAACACAACAUGGUGGCUUUGUUUAUUGAUCUUUUUGGCACUGACGCAUUUGAUGUUGCUAUUGAAUUUGGUGUUUCACCUUAUGUGUUCUUUCCAUCAACUGCUAUGGCUUUAUCUUUAUUUCUUUAUUUGCCUAAACUUGAUCAAAUGACGUCAUGUGAGUAUAGGGAUUUGCCUGAACCGGUUCAGAUCCCUGGCUGCCUACCAGUUCGGGGACAAGACCUGCUUGACCCGGUUCAAGAUAGGAAGAAUGAUGCAUACAAAUGGGUGCUUCAUAAUGCAAAGAGGUAUAUGAUGGCUGAGGGUAUAGCGGUAAAUAGCUUCAAGGAGUUGGAGGGUGGAGCUUUGAAAGCUUUACUAGAGGCUGAACCGGGCAAGCCCAAGAUUUAUCCGGUUGGGCCGUUGAUACAAACCGGUUCGAGUAGUGAUGUAGAUGGGUCAGGGUGUUUGAAGUGGUUAGAUGGUCAGCCAUGUGGUUCUGUUUUGUACAUAUCUUUUGGGAGCGGUGGAACCCUAUCUUCUAAUCAGCUUAAUGAGUUAGCCAUGGGUUUGGAGUUGAGUGAGCAAAGGUUCAUAUGGGUGGUUAGAAGCCCGAGUGAUCAAGCGAACGCGACUUACUUUAAUUCGCAUGGUCAUAAGGACCCUCUUGGUUUUUUACCAAAAGGGUUUUUGGAAAGAACCAAAGGUAAUGGGUUUGUGGUUUCUUCAUGGGCCCCACAAGCCCAGAUUCUAAGUCACAGUUCAACUGGUGGGUUUUUGACCCACUGUGGUUGGAACUCGAUCCUCGAGACUGUAGUACAUGGUGUACCGGUGAUUGCUUGGCCGCUUUAUGCGGAACAAAAGAUGAACGCAGUAUCUUUAACUGAGGGUAUAAAAGUGGCUUUAAGGCCCACCGUUGGUGAAAAUGGCAUCAUCGGUCGGGUAGAGAUCGCGAGGGUUGUGAAGAGUUUAUUGGAGGGAGAAGAAGGGAAAGCGAUUAGGAGUCGAAUUCGAGAUCUUAAAGAUGCAGCUGCCAAUGUCAUUAGCAAAGAUGGGUGCUCUACAAAAACCUUAGAUAAAUUGGCUUCUAUGUUGAAAAACAAGAAUAAGUUAAGCCUUUAGUUUAUCAAGAAUGUACACAAUAAUGUUAAAUAUUUUUGUCUUUUGCAAUAAUUUAUUUUGUGAUGACUCAAGUUGAACGGUGCUAUUAUGUAAGCAUUAUUAAUGUUAAACUAGGUGGACACACUGUUUUUUU